AUGGGGAGCCAAGAGAUGGCAGAGGAGUUGAUGAAGUGCUUUGCAUUAAUCUUCGCAGUAGAAGACACUAAUAACAUUUCAAAACCAUGGGACAAAAGGUUAACAACAACAGCAGCAACAGGAAUACCAAAGACUACCCAGAUCACCAUCAGUGCGCAUGGUCCAACUACAGUGAUAGGUCCUCCAGUUUCUUCUACAAUCAUCCAUACUGAGCCAGUCUGCCAUGGCGAAUGGUCUCCCUGGUUUAAUCAAAAUACACCAACCAUUUCCAAACCAAAAGAUGAGGAACUUUUGUUCCCUGUAAAGGACAAGUUGUGUCGUCACCCUGAAGAUGUUGGAGACAUUCAGUGCCAAUAUGUCGAUUACCCUGAUAAGCCACUAAAUGAAUCAGCAGACAAUGUGAUUUGUGAAAAUGAUGUAGGACUGGUGUGUGAGGUCACUAAAGGAUCUUCACGGAGAAUUUGUGAUGACUACAAAAUUCGCGUUUGCUGCAAGUCACGUAUCAUUGGAACUGCAAAGUCAGGGUUAACAUCAGCAGCUGCAACAGGAAGAUCAAGCACUUCACAGAUCACCAUCAGUGCAGGAACAGGAAGAUCAAGCACUUCACAGAUUGCUAUCAGUGGAUUAACAUCAACAGCAGCAUCAGGAAAACCAAGCACUUCACAGAUCACCAUCAGUGUGCGUGGUCCAACUACAAUGAGAGGUCCACCUACAACCAUCCAUACUAGGCCAAGCACAGAGAUACCCAUGACUAGUAGACCUGUCACUCUGAUAAGUGGUUUAACAUCAACAGGAAAGUCAAGCGUGUCACAAAUUAUGAGCAGAUUGCAUAGUCCAACGACGAUGAGAGGGCCAAGUCAAGGCACAGAAAUAACCAUGAGUGGUAGCCCUGUUACUCAGAUUAGUGGGUCAAAAUCAACUGCAACAACAGGAAUAUUGGCAUUAUCUGAGACCUCCACAACUGGUGUCACCCUUUCAACACUUUUAGGUCCUACACUUGAAACUGUAGCACCCACAUGUAAGACUGGACUGGAUCCAAAUAACUCGUGUGUUUCCUACAGCUGUGAGAAGAAUAUACAAAUAGUUAAUAAAAUGGAAUGUAAAAUGACCCCAGAGUGUCCUGAGUCUGAAAAAAUCUGGGAUGAAUUUCAUUGCUGUUAUUCAUGUCCUAAAAAAGCCAAUGUAUGUGAACCCGUGCCUUAUAAUACAACUAUUCAGAAGGAAUCCUGUAAACCAGUUGUUCUUGAUCUAAGAAAAUGUGAAGGAUAUUGUAAAGGAGCAGCUGAGUAUGAUGUUGAUCUAGGUGGUAUAAAGCACACAUGUACAUGUUGUCAAGAAGAUGAGAUAGAAGAAAGAAAGAUCAAGCUUCAGUGUGGCACUGCACAGAGCACCAUUAAAUAUAUUUACAUCAAGUCAUGUGUAUGCAAAUAACAUCAUCACAAGCAGAAAUUAAUAGUGUGACAAUCGAUUUACUCACUCAUGUAUACAACUUAUGUAGAUGAUUUGGAAGUAUGAAAUUAAACUGAGAAAAUUUCUUUAACAAUAUAGCAGUUAUCUUGAUCAGAAAAUUAUGCUGCAUGACGACACGGUGGCACAGUGGUUAGCACUGCUGCGUCACAGUGCCAGAGAUUCACAGCGGUUCAAUUCC